AUGGCGCCCCACUUUCUACGAAAUCUCGUUCGCAACAAAGAACAGCGUCAGCGAACGGUGUCUUUGUGGAGAUCUCUACGCUCCUUGACUGGGAUUCAGUGGGCACAGUUCUUCGUCGGCUGGCUGGCGUGGACUUGCGAUUCCAUCGAUUUGUAUUCCCUGUCCUUCGUUGCUGGCAGUCAGGGCGAGUACAUUGCGAAAGAGUUUAAAAAGACCACUCAGCAAGUUAACUCGGCCAUUACUAUUACACUUUUAUUUCGACCGAUUGGUGCGCUUCUAUUCGGGAUCCUUUCGGAUCGUUACGGCCGGAAAUGGCCCCUCGUCUGCAACCUCUUCCUCCUCUCCGCCUUUCAGCUCUGCACAGGUUUCGUUCGAGAAUUCGACCAAUUCAAUGUCGUUCGAUCUGCCUCAGCUAUUGCUAUGGGUGGAAUAUGGGGCGUAUCAACAUCUAACGUGCUCGAGAAUGUUCCCCUCGAUGCUCGUGGCUUCGUUAGUGGCGUCCUACAACAAGGCUCUGCAGCUGGAUAUAUCAUUUCUGCGGUAAUCUCCAUGUUCCUCGUUCCAAAAGUCAAGGCGGGCUGGAGAACUUUAUACUGGAUUGGAUUCGCCAUGUCUUUCGUAGCCGCCUGCCUCCGAGCGAUCCUUCCUGAGAGCGAGUCCUUCUCAAGCACCAAGGCGGCAGAGCAAGCGCAAGGAAUAGAAGGAUCGAAGAAGGCAAAGGAGUUCUGGAAGGAGAUAAAAAAGGUCUUGAAAUGGCGCUGGCUUCUUUGUGUUUACGCCGUCGUGCUUAUGGCCAGUUUCGGCUUCCUAAUGAGUGCCUCUCGGGAUAUGUAUGUCUUGUUCCUGGUGAAGAACAAGGGGCUUGAGCCUGGACCUGCAUUGUUUAUGACGAUCUUUGGCGGUAUUGGCGCUACUCUGGGGUCGGUGGCUACAGGCAACCUCAGUCAACGCUUUGGCCGGCGGAUAGCGAUGAUCUUCAUGAUCGUGCUCCUUGUGGCAUUUCUGCCGAUCGCCAUCAAAGGGACGUCAUUUAUGUUGGUCAGUAAUGGUGCAUUUGGCGUUCAACAUGCCGUUCAAGGUGCAAUGGGUGUUAUUCCGAUUUACUUAGCAGAGCUUUCCCCGCCUGCAUUGCGUGCCACCUUUCCUGGCGUUGUAUACCAGAUGGGAAAUAUAAUAUCCUCUGUCGCGCCAACUAUCCAGGCCUGUGAGUCUGUCACUGGAAAAAAUUCUUCCGUAGUUGUCCCGGAUUACGGCAAGCUACAAGCAAUAUUUAUUAGCGCUGGAGCUGCAUUCUUGAUCCUCGUCAUUUUAAUCGGACCAGAGAAACAUGGGUCGGAGUUCGAGAAACAAAAUGUUGUCAACCGCCCGAUGAGUAUUAUUGUCGAGAUUCCUGGACCUAAUAGUUACAAUGAGGACAUUGAGCUUGAGAAGGGGAUCUAUGACACAUCGACGUGAUGAGAAACUGCUUGUUUCUCUUGCAUGUAUUAUAUUCACUACCUCCAUUCUUUCUGUGGUGUUGGGGUUUGAGACCUGAUUAUCUGUAUAGCCAUAAUUUUUUUUCCUCAUGACUUAGCGGCGCU